AGAUGCGCCACACCAUCCCUCUCGUAAAGUAUUCCUCAGACGAGGGGAUUGUUCCACCCCUGCUAAGCCACUACCCGCCAUUGCAGGCAUACCUCAACCACGGCGACUUUGAAGUCAGAACACUCCCGAAGACACCUGUCCUUCCAGAGGUUACGCACGCGCAUGCGAGCAACCUGUCUAAGGCCAAGUCUGCGUUGGACCCUUCCUCGGAAGCGCCUUCGACUCGGAGGGAAAGAGAGGGCAAGAAGAAUGUCUCUGUGGACACGCCCCCCACAGGGCCUUCUCCGUUGGAGUACAUUCUCUCCGCCAACAUCCUCCUCGUGCAGUCGCUCAUUCUCAUCCCACUUAUGUUACCCACGGGCCUCAGCUUUGCCAGGCGCUCGGUGCAAAUCCUGCUCACCGGCCUUGCAGUUCACUCCACAAUGAAGCUUCUAUUCGCAUCGCCCAACAUGACACUAUCCGUCCUGGCCCCGUUUUAUCAUUUCGCAGCAUCCGAUUCCAUUCGAAGUUCAUCCUCCUUUGUACCCGCUCUUCUCUCUCGUCUUGCAAUUGCCGCGCUUGGAGGGGCGGUCACCAGAGCUGCGAUGGCCCACGCCCUCAAUGCGCUGGUCAUCGGACACACCAUUUACCGCCUUGCAUGCGGGCGUGAGCCCGACGCGAUGAUAAUGCUGGCCUCGAUGGAUGCGCGCAUCCAGCCCAUAAAGCCCAUGCUUCUCGACCUCACCACAGUGGGCUUCAUGGUCCCGACAGGCCUCGCCGCACAGCGCUGGGCAUGUGCCAUCCUGCAUCUCCCAGCACCUAUCCCGGACACCACAGCCUGGGACAUCGUUACGAUUGCAUUCGCAGGGAUGGCUGCGUUACAUGGUGCUGGCUUGGCUUUUCGUGGGGGAUAUAAGCAGAGUACAGGCUUGUCUGCAAAGCCCAAUAGGUCCUGACUUCUGAUCGGCUUUUGGCGACUCGAGCCUGGCGCCACAGCUGCAGCCAUACAGCGCGCUCUGACACGACUCGAAGAUUAGAAACAGAGAUGUACGAGGGCCAACCAUCCCCUGUGCUGAGACAUUGAACCAUAUUACCAGCUGUUCACCAUACAUGGGAUAUUUUUAUGACGGGCACACCGGACACCCGCCCUUCGGGCGUAUUCAGUGGGACUAUUCGGGUUUGUCGUCUACAAAUCGUAUGUGGAUUGAUCUUCGCCGUCAGUCUCACUAUUCUAUAGCAGCAGUGCCUUGCAUGUAGCUGAUUAAUAUACCUAAUGAUGAAGGCAUUUGCACACGACAUCAACGUUCAAAUCCAGCAUCAAGCUAUCCUCGGGCAGCAUUCUGCUGCAGUUCAAGCCGACCAACAUCUCACUGUGCCGCUUUCUUAUCGAGAAUAAUGUAGCUGAUGAUGAACGCGUCAUGACAGGUCACGAUAUCCCUCUCCUACGAGCCGAAACACAAACGUGUGCGUCAUGCAAGCGGCAGGUGGCGUACACGACGUUGCCGGCCACUCGCAGCGCCCACUGGGUGCCCCCAAACGUUCGCUAAGUCGUGGAAGUAGUGUCUAACCUCGCCGCCAUCAGAAGACUAAGUGAGGACGGCGAGUAUAGAAUGUUUCAGCCUGCACAGGAAGGAGGUUUCCACACCAAUAUAAGAAGGGACUCGUCUGGAGACAGAUAACCCAUCGCCCCUUGGGCCUUAGUCUUG